AUGUUUUCUAGGCGAGAGAAAGAAAAGGAAACCACUACAAACGGUAAUUUGUUUGAUCAAAAGACCGGGCAGGUUUUAGAGAUCGAUCUUGAAUCGCUCACACCUGAAGGUUCAUCAACUAACAGAGGAAUCAAUGGCAAUAAAGAUGCUAAACUCGAAGGAAAGUUACAGCAAGGUCUAUCUGCCCGUCAUAUUCAACUUAUUGCUCUUGGUGGUGCCAUUGGUACAGGUCUUUUCGUUGGAACAAGUUCUACUUUACACACAUGUGGUCCAGCUGGUCUGUUCAUUUCAUAUGUUAUAAUAUCUACCGUUCUGUAUCCGAUUAUGAAUGCAUUCGGUGAAAUGGUCUGCUAUCUGCCCGGUAACGGUGAUGAUUCCGCAGGUUCAGUUUCACAUUUGGUGGACAGGUACGUUGAUCCUUCAUUAAGUUUUGCAACUGGUUGGAAUUAUUUCUACUGUUACGUCAUCCUAGUGGCUGCAGAGUGUACUGCCGCAUCUGGUGUGGUCAAAUAUUGGACCGAUGCUGUUCCUACAGCUGCUUGGAUCACUAUUUUCCUUAGUAUUGUCGUUUUACUUAACCUUUGUGCUGUUAAAUACUACGGUGAGACUGAAUUUUGGUUUGCCUCGAUUAAGGUGCUUUGUAUCGUUGGUUUAAUUAUCCUAUCGUUCAUCUUAUUUUGGGGUGGUGGUCCAAAUCACGAUAGAUUGGGAUUCCGUUACUGGAAAAACCCAGGUGGUUUCGCUCAUCAUAUCACCGGUGGUAAUCUAGGUAACUUUUUGGAUGUUUACUCGGGGAUAAUCAAAGGUGCAUUUGCAUUUAUUCUAGGUCCAGAGUUGAUCGCGCUGGCUAGUAGUGAAUGUAAGGAUCAAAGAAGGAACAUUAUGAAGGCAUCUAAGAGAUUUGUUUGGAGACUGAUGUUUUUCUACAUCCUGGGUGCACUCUCUAUCAGUGUGAUCGUUGCAUCUAACGACCCAGCCUUAACUUCGGCUUUAGCCUCGGGCAAACCAGGAGCUGGUUCAUCGCCAUUUGUCAUCGGUAUUCAAAACGCUGGAAUCAAGAUCUUACCUCACAUCAUCAAUGCCUGUAUUCUAACCAGUGCCUGGUCCGCAGGAAAUGCCUUCAUGUUUGCAAGUUCGAGAUCACUGUUGACAAUGGCCUCGAACGGUCAAGCUCCAAAGAUCUUUGGCAAAAUCAAUAGAUUCGGUGUCCCAUGGGUGGCAGUCACCUUCUCCGCGCUCAUCUCAUGUCUUGCAUACUUGAACGUCUCUUCCUCCACCGCAGACGUCUUCGCCUGGUUCACCAAUAUCAGUACUAUCUCCGGUUUCAUCGGUUGGGAUUGUGGUUUGGUUGCAUACCUCAGGUUCCGUAAAGCUAUCAAGUACAACGGUCUAGAGAACAGACUUCCAUACGCACCACGUUUCCAACAAUACAUGGUUUGGUGGUCCAUUCUUGUCGUUACACUGGUCAUCUUCACCAAUGGUUACCAAGUCUUUAUCCCAAGAUUCUGGAACGUUUCUGAUUUCAUCGCCGCUUACAUCACUUUGCCAUUGUUCGUUGUACUAUGGAUCGGCCACAAGAUCUAUACAAGGGACUUCAAGAAAUGGUGGUAUCCAGUCGAAGAAAUCGAUGUUGUUACUGGUUUAACUGAAAUCGAAGAAAGAACAAGGAUUCUGGAUGAAGAAAGAGUUGAACCAAAGGGAGCAUUCCCCAAGUUCAUGGAUGCACUGCUCUGA